GUUUGCCAAACGUCCCCGGCCGGAAUUUCUGCCUCCUAGAGCCACGAGCCCAGAAGCGGGGAGAAGUUGAAUGGAAGUGAGGAAAGGCAAUCAGCUGACACAGGAGCCAGAGUGAGACCAGCAGACUCUCACACUGAACCUACACCAUGAAUUUGUGUCUAUCUUCUACGCGUUAAGAGCCAAGGACAGGUGAAGUUGCUGGAGAGCAAUGGCUGUCUUUACUCCGUGGAAGUUGUCCUCUCAGAAGCUGGGCUUUUUCCUGGUGACUUUUGGCUUCAUUUGGGGUAUGAUGCUUCUGCACUUUACCAUCCAGCAGCGAACUCAGCCUGAAAGCAGCUCCAUGCUGCGUGAGCAGAUCCUGGACCUCAGCAAAAGGUACAUCAAGGCACUGGCAGAAGAAAACAGGAAUGUGGUGGAUGGGCCAUACGCUGGAGUCAUGACAGCUUAUGAUCUGAAGAAAACCCUUGCUGUGUUAUUAGAUAACAUUUUGCAGCGCAUUGGCAAGUUGGAGUCGAAGGUGGACAAUCUUGUUGUCAAUGGCACCGGAACAAACUCAACCAACUCCACCACAGCUGUUCCCAGCUUGGUUGCACUUGAGAAAAUUAAUGUGGCAGAUAUCAUUAACGGAGCUCAAGAAAAAUGUGUAUUGCCUCCUAUGGACGGCUACCCCCACUGUGAGGGAAAGAUCAAGUGGAUGAAAGACAUGUGGCGUUCAGAUCCCUGCUACGCAGACUAUGGAGUGGAUGGGUCCACCUGCUCUUUUUUUAUUUACCUCAGUGAGGUUGAAAAUUGGUGUCCUCAUUUACCUUGGAGAGCAAAAAAUCCCUACGAAGAAGCUGAUCAUAAUUCAUUGGCGGAAAUUCGUACAGAUUUUAAUAUUCUCUACAGUAUGAUGAAAAAGCAUGAAGAAUUCCGGUGGAUGAGACUACGGAUCCGGCGAAUGGCUGACGCAUGGAUUCAAGCAAUCAAGUCCCUGGCAGAAAAGCAGAACCUUGAAAAGAGAAAGCGGAAGAAAGUCCUCGUUCACCUGGGACUCCUGACCAAGGAAUCUGGAUUUAAGAUUGCAGAGACAGCUUUCAGUGGUGGCCCUCUUGGUGAAUUAGUUCAGUGGAGUGAUUUAAUUACAUCUCUGUACUUACUGGGCCAUGACAUUAGGAUUUCAGCUUCACUGGCUGAGCUCAAAGAAAUCAUGAAGAAGGUUGUAGGAAACCGAUCUGGCUGCCCAACUGUAGGAGACAGGAUCGUUGAGCUCAUUUAUAUUGAUAUUGUAGGACUUGCUCAAUUCAAGAAAACUCUUGGACCAUCCUGGGUUCAUUACCAGUGCAUGCUCCGAGUCCUCGAUUCAUUUGGUACUGAACCUGAAUUUAAUCACGCAAAUUAUGCCCAAUUGAAAGGCCACAAGACCCCCUGGGGAAAAUGGAAUCUGAACCCUCAGCAGUUUUAUACCAUGUUCCCUCAUACCCCAGACAACAGCUUUCUGGGGUUUGUGGUCGAGCAGCACCUGAACUCCAGUGACAUCCACCACAUUAAUGAAAUCAAAAGGCAGAACCAGUCCCUUGUGUAUGGCAAAGUGGAUAGCUUCUGGAAGAAUAAGAAGAUCUACUUGGACAUUAUUCACACAUACAUGGAAGUGCAUGCAACUGUUUAUGGCUCCAGCACAAAGAAUAUUCCCAGUUACGUGAAAAACCAUGGUAUCCUCAGUGGACGAGACCUGCAGUUUCUUCUUCGAGAAACCAAGUUAUUUGUUGGACUUGGGUUCCCUUACGAGGGCCCGGCUCCCCUGGAGGCUAUCGCAAAUGGAUGUGCUUUUCUGAAUCCCAAGUUCAACCCACCCAAAAGCAGCAAAAACACAGACUUUUUCAUUGGCAAGCCAACUCUGAGAGAGCUGACAUCCCAGCAUCCUUACGCUGAAGUUUUCAUCGGGCGGCCACAUGUGUGGACUGUUGACCUCAACAAUCAGGAGGAAGUAGAGGAUGCAGUGAAAGCAAUUUUAAAUCAGAAGAUUGAGCCAUACAUGCCAUAUGAAUUUACAUGCGAGGGGAUGCUACAGAGAAUCAAUGCUUUCAUUGAAAAACAGGACUUCUGCCAUGGGCAAGUGAUGUGGCCGCCCCUCAGCGCCCUGCAGGUCAAGCUUGCUGAGCCCGGGCAGUCCUGCAAGCAGGUGUGCCAGGAGAGCCAGCUCAUCUGCGAGCCCUCUUUCUUCCAGCACCUCAACAAGGACAAGGACAUGCUGAAGUACAAGGUAACCUGCCAAAGCUCAGAGCUGGCCAAGGACAUCCUGGUGCCCUCCUUUGACCCCAAGAAUAAGCACUGUGUGUUUCAAGGUGAUCUCCUGCUCUUCAGCUGUGCAGGCGCCCACCCCAGGCACCAGAGGGUCUGCCCCUGCCGGGACUUCAUCAAGGGCCAGGUGGCUCUCUGCAAAGACUGCCUAUAGCAGCUACCUGCUCAGCCCUGCACCAUGCUGCUGGGGAAGACAGUGGCCCCAGCCCCAUCAGGCAGGGCCAGGGACAGAAGUAAUCCAGGGACUCUGGCAAGAGCCUGAACUUUUUGGUAGAAGG